AGAAGCGCGACGCAAGGAAUCCAUGGUUUCUCUUACUGUUCCAAUGUCCAGCAUUGCUCCAACUUCCUGUACUUUGGUGACUCACUGGACUGUCACAGGCUUCCUGCUUUGGAGCAUCUUCAAGGAUUUCUUGUUGGUUGUUGUCUUUGAUCCUUCCAGAGGUAACGCCAGAGAUUGUUCCAGGCACAGAGGAGAACAGGACCAUCUACAGAGCUCGCAUCCCCAGCGCUGGCUCCUUCCGCUGCUCCGAAACGGGGCUUGGCUUUGAGGUGAGCGCAGCAGUGACCGUCGAGUACAAAUACAGCUCCUGGGCGGAGAGUCUGAGCCCAUCUGCCAGGCAGGAGUGGAUGGUCGCCGGCCCCCUGUUCCACAUCAGGGCCGAGCCUGACACGGUGCGAGCCGUGCACCUCCCCCACUUCGUGUGCCUUGCAGAUGGAGCAGAUGAAAGCUUGUGCCACAUUGCCCAUUUUGAAGCUGGCAGGAUGACCCUGGAGAGUCCAACUAGAAUUAAUAACUUCUUUGCUGUCCUGGAGAAUCCCAGCUUCGUGCUUUGGAGAAAGAUAUGUUCGGCCAUAAAAUUUAUUCCCAUCCAUUCCCUUGUGCUGAUCUACCGGACGCUCAGUGCUGCAGAUGUAACUCUCCACCUCUACCUGAUACCCAACGACCACUCACUGAGGAAGGCCAUUGAAAAAGAAGAAAUAAAGUGGAAGUCAAAGCACGUGCCCAAGCCUCCUCAGACUGACCCGCUGUACUUUGGGUCUCGGUACCAGGUGUCCGGUCCAUCAGAUCUUGAGAUAACCCCGACACAACUGCACUUCUGCUAUCGGAGCCCAGGGGAGCAGCAGUCGUAUACUGAGAUCUACACCAGGGAGAUGGAGAAGGAAAUCAGGCUCCAUGUGAAUGGUCAAGAUGAUGGCAGCUUGGUCUGGGAGGCCUUGGUGAGGCCAGGGGAUGUUAGUCUUUCCGCUUUGGCGCUCACAGGUGCAGCCUUCGUGGUGAAGCAUCGGAGGCAGCUCCGUGAUCGAAUGGGACAGAUCCAGCCUGUGCUGGUGCACUUACGGGAGGCCCAGCUACUUAGCAGUGAAGAAGAGGAAGAGGUGAGAAGUGAACGAACAAGUCGAAUGAGGAACGAUGCCUUACUGCGGCUGGUUGAGAGGAAGGGAGCUCAGGCCCAAGAAGACCUCUACCAGACUCUCAGAGAGACGGACCCUUACCUUGUACAGGACUUGGAGCAAUCCAGCUAGGGCCUGGAGAUUCUGCUAACUGUCACCUGUGCUUCUGGCUGUGCCAUCGCCAGGCAUCAUGGAGCGAUAUGAUUUAUGUCAUGUGAGGAGCUUUUCAAGCCUUCUGACACAGCCGCUGGGCCUGUGUCUCACCAGUAUGUGCCACGCUAGCAGUGCAAAGGAGCUGGAAAGCUGGCUGACCAUUCAAGAUGGGGAUUCCCCUGCAUAGCUGACUCUCUGACCCCACUCACAACGGCCCCAGGGGCCCGCCGCAACCAGGCCCAACCAUGAGCAGCCCUGACUCCUAGUCCAGAGCCUUCACCGGUAAAUCUUCUGUGAUAAAUGAAAGGGGUAGGGGGGUAGCUCCCUUUUAGGGACACCCAGCCAGCCAGUUAGCUCUA